AUGUCCCUGCUGAAAGACUCUGAGCUGGAGGAAGUGCACAGGAAGAUCAUCGACGGGACCAUCGAGAAGUGCAGCCAGUUCUACAACACACGCAUUUUGGAAGCCAUAAAGAUCAGGUGGCUGAAGAUAUAUGAGAGGAAGCUGCAGGUUACGGAGAGGGCCUCUGACCAGCCGGGCGUGCCGCAGCAGCAGGGCAGGAUCAACAUUACCGACGACUUUGAGGACGACGAAUUUGAAGACGCCGAAGUGGAGGAGAAGGAAAUAGUCGAGCUGGAAGAGCACGUCCAGGAUGACGAGGCGGACGAACUCAAAGAACUAGACGACAUCUCCAUAAGCGACCUGAGCGACGUGGACCCCCCGACAUCUAACGUGAUCGUCGGGAUUUGCGACAAAAUAACCAAACCCUGUGGGCGCAGGAACGCAAGUAGCAAUUGGAAGAUAAAGCUUAAGGGAGGACUGAUGAAGGUGGACGGGAAGGAGAUGUUCUUCCGCAGUUUGCAGGGCGAGCUGGACAUUGUAGGCGGCGGCGUGGACUCCCUCUGUCUGGCCCUAUACUUGUCCAAAAAUAAACACCACGUGAAGCUGCUAAACGUUAAGAUGAAAUGCAGCCUCAUUGAUACAGUGUAUUUAAAUAACAACGUAUUUGAGGUGGGGAGGCACUAUAGCUUCUCCCUGGGUGGGCCUUCCUCUCAUUUCAAUGAACUGCUUCGAUCGGUCACUGCAGAGGAUGAAGUCAUUUUGAGUAACCCGUACGCAAACAACCUUUCCUAUUUGGAUGAAUUUGGACGAAUUUACCGAAUCAAUAAGUUUAUCCUGAAGAUUUUGUUCUACCUUGUGAAAGACUACCUCUUCGGAUCAUCCAUCCCUACGCCAAAGGGGGAGCGAAUGGACUCAUUUUUCUCCAAACGAUUCGGAGCUCACUUAUUCGAAAGUGUGAUUCGUCCAUACUGCCUCCACUACUUUGGGUACCCUCCCCGGGAUGUGCUCAUGCGCUCCCAUUUCUCCGACUUUAUGAAUCGGAUGGAGGAAGAAAAGUCCCUCAUCAAGGCUCUCCGCGCAACCGCAAGAACAGGUAGCUCGUCCAUCUUUUCCAAAAAAAAGAAGAUCGGAAAAUUCAGGAAGGGAAACGUCACCCUAGUGAACAAACUUCGGGACCACCUACAAUUAUGCAGCAACGUCGAAGUGAUAACCAGGAGGGGAGACCUACAAAUUAGGUGCAUGCGCCGCGGGGUGAAGGUGCGUCUCGGAAGGAAGUCCAUCAAAUGUGAACAAAUCAUUUUCUGUCUGAGUCCACCCGAACUGAAGAACCUUCUGCGGAAUGUGAUCUUCGAGGAGAAGAAAAAAAAAGACACACUCGUGAAAAAAUACUUGUCGAAAUUCCGCUCCCACGUUGUUAGAAUUUCCAACGUCUGCUUUGCCAAGAAUAUGUUGCCUUUUUCGCACUCGUUGGAAUCCCUCCUCUUAUUCAAAAGGAACAAACAGAACAAGCUGAUCUCGGUGUUGUACGAUCACAACAUAUUCCCCCCCCAGUGUGAUGGGCCUAGUGCACUCGAGGACCAUCCAGGAGAACCUUCACCUGAGGGGGGCCUUUACGAGACGAGCCUGCGAUUCAUGAGCAGAGAAACGGAUGAACGCAAAUCGGUCGACGAAAUAAAUGGUUUCCUUCGAGGCGUCGUGGGGGUGGAGGAGAAGCCCGACUUGCUCAUCAGCCACGUCCACCACGUCUUCCCCUUCGAUGCGCGCGCCGACCAGGUGUACAAAAAGAUAAUUAGAAAAAAGAGCCAAAGGGUACGGCUGUUCUGGGCAUUCUACUUUUUUAGAAAUUUCGAGUUCUGCCUGCAGGAGGCCAAGCGGUUUAGCGACGCGAUUUAG